AUGACCAGUAGUACCUUAAAGAAAUCAGAAGCUAGAAAGAGAAAGGUUUCCUCAGUCCCAGCAAAAAGUAAAGCCUCUCUUGCUGCAUGUGGCCCAGAAAAGCUGGUAGCAACUGUUAAAGCGUCCCGCGUACAGUGCAAGCAGUUGGAGGACAAAGUCAGACUGCUGGAGGAAAGAAUUGAAAAAGACGGGGUAGGAAUUAGUGAUGCUCUUGAAAAUGACAUUCUAAAAAUUAUGGGAGGACAGAAUCUAGAAUGUACUCCUCACAUGAAGUUUUUUUGGGAGCAGCAGAUGAAACUGUUGCAAACUCGAAAAAUGGGAAGACGAUACCACCCACAAGUUAUUCGCUUUGCAUUGUCUUUGCAUGGCAAGUCUGCAGCUGCGUACAGAGAAUUACAAGAGAGUGGAGCUUUGAUUUUGCCCAGUGAGAGAGUUCUUCGUGAUUACAAGAACUAUUUUAAGCCUAAAGCUGGCAUAAAUUUGGAGAACAUUGAGUCUUUACGUGAGAAAGCUGCCGCAUUAACAGGCAUUCAACGAUAUCUGGUGUUGGUGAUGGAUGAGAUGAAAAUCCAGUCUAACCUCGUCUUUGACAAGUAUUCUGGUGAGUUGAUUGGGUUUGUUGAUCUUGGGGACCCAAUGACCAAUUAUGCCAGCCUCGGUGAAGAAGAUGUAAUGGCAACUCAUGCACUUGCAUUUUUGGUAAGAGGAAUGUGCAGUGACAUCAAGCAUGUCAUUGCAUAUUAUUUUACCGAGAAUGUUACCUCCUACCAGAUAAUGUCUAUGUUCUGGAAAGUUGUAGGAGUGCUUGAGUUGUCAUUAAACCUCUGGGUCAUUGCCGCAGUCAACGAUGGAGCAUCCCCUAAUCGUAAGUUCUUUGAACUCCAUUCCCAGUAUGUGAAUGACUCGGACUGUGAUGUUGUUUACAAGGUAAACAAUAUUUUUGCCACAACUCGCUUCAUCUACUUUUUUGCUGAUGCCUGCCAUUUAAUGAAGACUGCCCGGAAUUGCUUAUACAACUCGGGUUCAGGUUCUUGCAGUCGUCUGAUGUGGAACAAUGGCAGAUACCUGAUGUUCAAACACAUUGCUGACCUUUUCUACAGUGACCAGGAAUUUGCCUUGCACACAUUGCCAAAGCUGUCACUGGAUCAUAUAGUCCUCACUUCAUACAGCAAAAUGAAGGUGAAGUUAGCAACGCAAGUUCUUAGUCAGUCGGUUGCAACAGCAUUGGAAGAAAAAGAUGACGAGGAUGUUCUUGGUACAGCUGAAUUUUGUAAGAUGAUGAAUGAUUUCUUCGACUGCACAAAUGUUAGGUCAUUGACUGAGCAUGUUAGAAGAAGAAAUCAUUUCAUCAAACCUUACACUUCCCAAGAUGAUGAGAGAUUUGCUUGGUUGAAGGAUGUCUUCCUGCAAUAUUUGGAAAAGUGGAGAGAGAGCAUCAUGCAACGAGAGGGAGUCUACACUGCUGAUGAAAGGGGUAAGAUGUUUCUUUCGCUACAAACUUACAAAGGCCUCAAGAUUUAUGUCCACUCACACAUUGAGGCUAUUCAGUUUUUGCUUGCUGAAGGGUUCAAGUAUGUAUUGAGUGAGCGUUUUAUGCAAGAUGUGCUGGAAGAUUACUUCGGACACCAGAGAGCAAAAGGUGGACGUGCAGACAACCCAACGGCACAGCAGUUUGGGUACAAUGACUUGACCAUUGCGGCCCAGAGAGAUAUUGCCCCAGUAUUGAGAGGCAAUGUUGGUGGAAGAUACGAGAAGCAGAAGUGGAGUCAAGUCAGUGAUGUGCCCGUAAAGAAGCGGAAGAAACCAUCCAAAUAA